CUGCUCCUAUGCAAAAAUGUGCAAAUAAAAAUAUAGUAAAAUCGUUAAAAGUGGACUCAAUUAUUUUGCUAUAAGUAUUUGUUGAAAAAAUAAUAAUGGAUAUAUCCGAAAAUAUUAAGAAUGAUCUUAUGGUUUGCCAGCAGAAGUUAAGAGGUGCUAUUGGGCUUCACCAGAAAUUAUUUAAAAAAUUAAAGGCUAAUCCAAAGGAUAGACGAGAAUUAACUGAAAAGUUAGUCAAUGCCGAAAAUUUGAUAAGAUCUAUCGCAAAACAAAGGGAAAAGAAACCAGUUAAUUAUGAUGCUGAUACAGCUUAUAUUGAACGUCAAUUGGAAGAAUAUCAAAAUGAAAGAAAUAAAUACAAGACUUUGGUGCAAUCUUCCUCAUUAUCACCAACAUCAUUUGAAGAAACCAUUGAUGAAGUACAGCCGAAUAAAAAAAUUUCAUUGAGUCAAAUACCAUCGAAGCGAGCUUCAGUUAGUUCUCAAGAAGAAAACGGCCAAGAAACUUCUCAGCAGCAGAAAAAAAUUAAAAUGAAUGAAGACAAACCGAAGUCCAAGUUUUUACAAGACCGUCGUUCUAAGUUGUUAAGUGUUCUCAAUAAAGUUUGCAAGCAAAACACUGCAUCGGUUUGUGAAACAACAUCAUCGAUUGUGGAGAUACCGGAUGAUCCAAUAAUAGUUAAAUCUGAGACAACAUCACCACCAUCAUCUCCAGAGUUAACAAUAGUACAUGAUACUUCAGAAAUGGUUAAAGAAGGAACACAAGAUCAAAAAGAGUCAUCUCAUUCAACUACAAUUAGCCCUGAGUCUGAAUACGAGCACAAUGAUGCAAACAUUAAAUUAGAGGAUCCGGAGGAACCUAAUUUCAGUGAAGAUAAAGCUGAAAAUCAUGAUGACAGUGAAAAUAUUGAUGAUGAUUUUCAAAGCUGUGCUGGAGAUGAUAAUCCUGAUGAAUACUACUGUGAUGAUGAUAAUCUUGAUAAUCAUAAUGAUAAUGAAAAUAUUAAUCAAGAUGAGACCAAAGAAAUUGGAAUUAAUACAAAUGAUGAGAAAGGAAUUAAUACAAAUGAUGAGAAAGUAUUAAAUAGUAAUACAAAUUCAAACAAUGAAAUGGAAGAAGGUAACCAAAUAGAAGAAAAUGAUAAAAGAGUUGACAAUAAUGAUGCCAAUAGUGAAGAACAAACUGUUGGUGAAAGUGAGGAUUUUGCUAAAAAUGACGAAUGUGAAAAUAAUGAAGCAAAUGAAGUUGAACAAAUCAUGAAAGAGGACAGCAAUAAAAUGGAAACAAUCAUAAAAAAUGAUGGAAUGGAAAUAUUAGAUGAAUCCAAGGAGAAAGAAACAUCUGAACACAUUGAAGAAGAUUUAGAAGCAUCAGCUUCAUCAAUGGAGCCUGGUUCUAAAGAACAAUUUUUUAGAUACCUCAAUGUGUUAACACACGACCGAUGUACACAGAUUAUUAAACAAAGACUUCAUAAGAAAAAGCAGUUGAAUGUCAAAGCCAUUGAUGUGGAUCUGUUGCAUAAAACACCAAAAAAUAAAAAAAGAAGUAAAAAGAAGUUAUACCUACAGCAAAGAACUCCACCAGUGACUCGAUUAAGGUCAAAUGCCAGUUUCAAAACUCAAGUACCUAGCGAUACAAAUGGGAAGAGCAAAUCUGCUAAUCAUAUUGUCAACAAUUUUUUAAAUAAUGAAGUACCAUCUGAAAUUAAAACUGAAUUUCAAGGUUUAGAAAACCUUACAGUUUGUUCUGAAAUUAAAAGAGAAGUGGGAAAUAACAUAGACAAGAAUAGAAUGGGAAAUAAAAUAGACAUUUGUAUUAUUUGUCAGUUACAUGAUGAUGAGAGUGUCAUUUGCUGCCAAUUAUGUGGUGAAUACUACCACCUUCUAUGUCACAGACCAGGGCAAUUACAUGUUCAAAAGCAUAUGUGCCCAUAUUGUAUAUACAAAUGUAGUCCUGAUGCUAGUAAAGAUCAAUUGAAAAUCAAGAAAGAGCAGCGAAACAACUUAUUGCACAGAAAUAGACAUUUGAGAUAUGAAGUACAAGAUUUAGAUAUUUUAGCAUCAGAAUUGUGUGUAAAAAUUAAAAGACAAAACUACAGGCGUGAUCAGUUACUUUCUGAUAAGGUUAUGAUUGAAAGUAAUUUAAAAACAUUACUCAAUUUUGUUGCACAGAUAAAAGGACAACAAACAAUACCUCAGAAAUCAUUAUUUAGUCCGUGA